AUGGGGCCGAGAGACAGCUCAUCCCGCUUCCAUCCCUACGACACAAGCAAAAAGCCCAAGAUCCACCGGACCAACGGCACCAGAUCCCAUAAUAACCACGGCAAGAAAAACAGCGAUGCCCUCCCCAAACCAGCACAAUCAGGCCUGUCCAUAAACGACCUCAAACGACGGAUCCGCGACGUCAAGCGCCUUCUCAGCCGGCAUGCUGACUUAUCGCCAGAGGCGCGAAUUGUGCAAGAAAGGGCACUGGCGGGAUAUGAGAAGGACCUGAAGGAGGAGCAGGAGCGACGGCAGCGGUCUGAGAUGAUUAAGAAGUAUCAUUUUGUGCGGUUUCUUGAUCGCAAAACAGCCACAAAAGAACUCCGCACCGCGCAACGACGCUUGGAGAAAGCCAAAGAACGAGAAGGAGAAAACAGCACCAAACUCGCCAAAUUACAGUCAGAAAUCGACGCUGCCCAGAUCAAUGUCAGCUAUACGAUAUACUACCCACUAACGGAGAAAUAUAUAUCGUUAUAUCCGCAGGACAAGAAGAACAAUUUACGACAAAAACGGAAUUCAGAUGAUGACGACGAAGAUGACAACGACAACAACAACAUCAAUAAUAAUAAUAACGAAAACACAGACGAAUCCACAUCUGAAGAUGCACCUAUGUCUAGUUCAGAUACAAAUACAACAGACUCAAAACCGCCUAUGUGGCACAUCGUCAAAAAAUGCAUGCGUGAAAAUACGCUAGACCAAUUACGCGAUGGGAAGUUGACUACUGGGUCGAGUACUGCUACUAUGGAUGGUGGCAAGAGUGGUGCUGUUGUUACUAGUACAGGGAAUAAAAAGGCAGAGAAAAAAGAUACAGCGUCAUCAUCGUCAAGAACUUCCCAUAAGAAGGAACAAGUUCAACUUGAAGACGAAGAGCAGGAUAGUGAUGGUGGAUUUUUCGAGGAGUAA